CUUUCGACCAGCAUGACAAAUACUAGGCUAAGCCACUACGGGAUCAGGACCUAACGGUAACCUGUAAAACGUCGAUGUUGAUCGUUGUGAAACUCCUGAACAUGCUGUAGCAAGACAAUAACAGACUUCAUCAUGCCAAGACGAAGGCUUCGGUCCCCUAGGACCAGGGUCCGAUAUGAUUCACCAGAUGAUUGCUGUACCGGAUGCUGUGCUACAUGCUGCUGUUGCUGUUGUUGGAGCCGGGCGAUGGUUGCGAGAAAAUCAAGAAUCAAGAUGUUGUGGAUGUAUGUACUUAUGAUUGGACUUGUCAUUGGUAUAACGAUAGGUGUUGUCUUCUAUGGAAGCCUGUUCACUGAUAUUUCUGCAUCAGACAUGAAAGUGAUAGACGGAAAGUUAUCACAUUUAUUCUGCGAUAGUGUUAAUAUUGACACAGCUAAUCCUACAAGUGACUUUGCCCCUUUUUCUGCAUAUAUUGUGGGAACUCCACUCAAAAUAGAUCCAACUCACAAAGAAAAUUAUGGAUUUCAAUUGAGUUUUGAUUUUCAUCAGCCAUGGACAUAUGCUACCCGCCAGUUUUAUCUACUGUCAGGGUCAUCGGCCAAACUGUUUUGUCCUCAAGUUACUGGCAUCAUGGGUGUUGUCAUUAUCAAAGGUCAGGCAAAUUAUACAGAAUUUAUACAAGAUUCACCUAAUUAUCAAUGCGUUGGAUGUGAGUACGCACAUGUUAUCUAUAAUGAACGACAUUCUGGACCAAAUUCCUGGACAUUUUCUGACACUGAUGAAUACUUCUUUGUAUUUAUUGGUCAGGAAUCAUUGUGGGCAUCGUGUGAACUUGAUCUUACCAGGACAGCAUACAAAACUGACAUCAGUACAUCCUCUUGCUACAAGGUAACCACUUGUGAGUUUAGUCUUGGUCUAGAAGAAAGCAAUCCCCCCAAACAGAUUAUAGUGAAACUGGAGCCUGAUAAGGUUGCGUCGGGUAAACGGUACAUGUACUCGACCACGUCUAUCCAGUCCACCUGUGUGGCCAGACUGUGGGUCUAUAUUGUCCUGUUUCUGUGUUGUCCAGGAAUUGUUUGCAUCAUUUUAAGUGUACUUAUCUACAAAUUUUGUGCCGACCCUGUAGAAGAUGAUGAUGAUGAUGAUGAUGAUAUUUCUGAUGAACAGUCUCCGUUGCUAUGGGACAGUGCCCCUAGUUAUUCUGGAGUUGUGGUUACAGAACCUCCUAAAUACGAGGACAUAAUGGCAGAUAAUGACAAUCAAUUACCUAGCUACGAAGAAGCUGUUGCAUCCGGAACUUUUCCAGCAGGAAAUUAUGGAGCUGUAGGAAACGUGGGUAUAAACCAUUCAGAACCAUUAAGGAACACUGAUGUCCCUGUUAACCAGGCAGACAAUCUGAGACAUGUCAGCAUCAUUGAUGUUGGUGCUACCAGCCGUGGACCUAAUCAGGAGGCUAAUGAAACAGAUAACACCCAGGGACCUGAGUCUCUUAACAACUUCCCCGAAGUGUCCAGUAGUGUCAACCUCGACCAGACCAGCCGUGUGCUUGUGAUGAAUCUGUCUGAUGAUGUCCAUACAGAUGACCUUGUAUCGCCCAGUGAUGACCUUGAACCGUCCAGCAGUGACUUUGACUCCGACUCGUCUGACAGUGCCGAUAGUGUUAUCAUAGACGAUGGUUCAGAACAAGUCAGAAAUACCUCUACAGAUACGAGGAAAUAGUUCUGCAGAGACAGGUCCUGAGCAAUUUUUAUUUAUUUAUGAAACUGAGCAGUAGAAGGGAGAUAACUUGUUAUAUAUAAUAAUUCUUGUUAUGCCUUAUGGUUUAAAUGUUGUUUCUUAAGUUGAGAUCGAAAAAUAUCAAAAAGAUUUAGAUGUGUUAAUGUUUUGCAUAUAGUUGACAUGGGGUUGCAUUUUUAGCUCACCUGGUCCGAAGGACCAUGGUGAGCUUAUGCCAUACCGCAGCGUCCGUCGUCCGUC